AAUAAAGUGACAAACGCGACACCACAUUAGGAAACACCAGUCAAAUACACAUCCCCGUUUACUUCUUCUCCAUCCCCUAUAUACCAACACACCCUAGCUAUGUACGUUCUACUUCUUCCACGCAACAAUACGUUCUACUUCUUCCACGCAACAACACCACGUAGGGCCACCCACGGAUCCAUCCAUCCUACGUCGCGAUGCAUCAACGAGCACUCCUCUCCGUCCUAGCAGCAACAUGCUUGGUGCUGCACCAAUUGACGGCGCCCGCGUCGGCGGCCGUGGCGACGUGCGCGCCCAAGGCGUGCGGGAACGUGACGAUCCAGUACCCGUUCUGGCUCACGGACGCCGCCCAGCCGGCGCCCUGCGGCCCGUCGGCGUUCCAGGUGGACUGCCGCGCCGGCCGCGCCUCGCUGGCCCGCUCCUUCCGCGGCGGCUACAAGCUCCUCCGCGUCUCCUACGCCGACCGCACCGUGGUCGUGGCCAACGACAACGUCCAGACGGACGACGCCGGCUGCCCCGUGCCCAAGAUCGACGUCUCCGCCAGCCUCAGUCUCGCGCCCUUCUCCGCCAGCGCCGCCAACCGCCAGCUCCUCUUCCUCUUCAACUGCACGCGUCCCGCCGCGGCAGGGUUCGUCGACGUCACGUGCCCCGGGACGGCGGCCGUGGUGCGACUCGACGCGCGGUACAACACCACCGACGCGAGGGCCGUGGCUGGUGGGUGUGACUAUGCGGUGGUGCCGGUGGCCGGGUCGACGUCGCCGGGCGCCAGCGCCGGGGUGGAGUACCCGCGCCUGCUGAGGGAAGGGUACCUGCUGCAGUGGAGGGCGUCGGCCGGGGACUGCGGCGCGUGCGGCGCCAGCGGCGGCCAGUGCGGGUACGACUCCGACGCCGAGGCGUUCGCGUGCGUUUGCGCCGACGGAUCAUCCCGCCCGGCCAGAUGCGAUGGGAAGAAAUCCAGCAACAAGGUCAUCCUGAUAGCAUCACUGUCCGCCACAACUUGCUUGAUCCUGCUGGUGUGCCUCGUCAUGGCCUUGAAAUUUCAUCGACAAAUCCGCAGCAUGAGUUUUGUAUCCAACAUCAUGGACAAAAACAUCAAAGCUGACAAUGCAAACGUUGAGAAGCUGCUCAAGAAGUACGGCUCCCUGGCUCCCCGGAGGUACAGGUACUCGGAGCUUAAGAAGAUAACCAGCAAUUUCAAGCAGAAGCUCGGCGAAGGCGGCUACGGUGCGGUGUUCCUCGGUACUCUGGGUGAUCGAAGGGCGGUUGCCGUCAAGUUCCUGCACCACUCCAGGCCCAACGGCGAGGAUUUCCUCAACGAGGUGAUCAGCAUUGGCCGGACGUCCCACGUCAACAUCGUCACCUUGCUCGGGUUCUGCCUCGAGGGCUCCAAGCGCGCCCUCGUCUACGAGCACAUGCCCAAUGGCUCCCUCGACAGGUACAUCUACUCAUCACCGGCGUCGAAGCCGGAGUCCCCGGUGACAAGACUCGAGUGGGAGACGCUUCAGGAGAUUGCGGCGGGGGUGGCACGGGGGCUGGAGUACCUGCAUGAGGGGUGCAACACGCGCAUCAUCCACUUCGACGUGAAGCCGCACAACGUGCUGCUGGAUGAAGCGUUCCGGCCCAAGGUGGCCGACUUCGGCAUGGCCAAGCUGUGCGACCCCAUGGAGAGCAUCCUCUCCAUGGCCGACGCCAGGGGCACCGUGGGGUUCAUCGCGCCGGAGGUCUUCUCCCGGGGGUUUGGGGUUGUGUCCGCCAAGUCCGACGUGUACAGCUACGGGAUGCUGCUGCUGGAGAUGGUCGGGGGCCGGAGCAACGUCAAGGCCUACGCCGCCGCCAAGGAGACCGACAUGUUCUUCCCGCUCUGGAUCUACGACCACCUGCUUGGCGACGGCGGCGUGCUGGUCGCGCGACAGGAGGGUGGAGGCGACGCCGAGGAGGAGACCAUCGCGAGGAAAAUGGCGUUGGUCGGGCUGUGGUGCAUACAGACCGUUCCGGCGAACCGGCCGUCGAUGGCCAAGGUGCUGGAGAUGCUGGAGAGGAGCAUCGACGAGCUGGCCAUGCCGCCGAGGCCGUACCACCCUUCUUCUCCUUCCAACUCUCCUUCUCUGUCGCACUCACUGCCGUCGAGCUAUCCAUCUUCUGCAUCGGGCUUCACUCAAGGAUCAAGAUCGUUUACAACAGAGAGCACAAAAUAACAAAAAGACUCUGUUGUACAGUCAGCAGAAAAAGAAGCAGGGAUGUCCCGCGAGCAAAGUCAACGUUAGACGUUCGUAACCAUGUCCUGUGAUGCAUGGAGGGGCGAUGGACAACAGCAAUACUACCGAGCGAUGUCCGCAUCUCCGUGCGUAUCGCUACGUAUAUAGGUCCAAUUAUUAUUGAAGCCUGAAGGAAUAUGUGAUUUGUCCUUUAAAUAGUUAAUACCCCAUAUGUGAGAAAUACAUAGACAACUUGUUUACACAGAUGACAUGUAUAAUUGUACUUAAUGGUGGUUUACCAGUAUUAAUCAACUAAAUUAUGAGAGAUUUGUGUUUUUUCACCUUCUAUAUCAUCAUAUGGCUUAGGCCAUGCACAAAAGGGCACAUGUUUCAUUAGCAAGCUCCUCUCCAUGUCUGGUGCAUCGUUUUUUAGAGCAUUAUGAGGUUUGGGAUUAUCCUCAUUAUCAAAACUAGCAAAAGAGCCCGGGAUAGAAAAUAACCACUUAACCCAAUAACCAUGACUCAAGACCUUAAUAGGUCCACGUCCUUUAUUUUCACAUGGCAUCGUAUUUGUGUUGCUGACAGUGGCCUCAGUGCUCACACAACAAAAACAUGUUUGAAUAUGGUCAGUCAUUAGGCCUCUCUCUCUCUCUCUGAAUAAGAUGAGAAAUAUGUUGUUUUUUCUCGUGAAAUUUUUCAGAGGUGUGCAUUCAUGGUUAUCGAUAUUUUCUUUCCUCUCAUUCUGAUUUUAAUGGGCGUUUAUUUGCAAUUGGGAUUGCCGCCAGUACGAAUGAAAUACGCGGGAGUUUUUCUUUUGUGGUGCUCCAUGGGACUUAGUUAGGGUUUAUAACUUGGCACGGACUUGGGCUGAUAUUGCUUGUGUGGACCAUCAACAUUGCAGUAUGCCUGAAGAUAUAUGUCCAAGCUUUUGAUUCUAAUAAUACAUAUGUUGAAGCUUUUGCAUACGGAUGGGUACCUACUGAUGGAGUUCUUUUUCAGUUUAACAGAAAACAGUUUUUUUCUAACAGAAAAAACCAAAUGUUAUUUGGUUUUCAGAUGUGGGAACUGAAAGAAGAACCUGAAAAAACAAAAAAAAAAUGCUUGGUUUUUUCAGUUUUUGCUUUACGGUUUGGUUUUGCACAAUGUCACCACACUUGAGGCAGUUCCGCAUAUGCCCGCGAUGAAAUAAAAUAAAGACGCAACCAGAUGAAAAUAAAAGAAAGACACAACCAGAUGA